AUACCCAUGGGUAACCCAAUGGAUACCCAAAACAUUAAUAAAUAAAUUAAACCAUAUAAUAUAUGGUAAACAUAUAGUAAUUACCUUAACUAGCCCAUGGACCACAGGCCCAUAGCCGGCCAUCCCACCAUACCGUACCCGAGAACUAUGUAUUCGACCAAGAUGUUGCUAGGAAAGAACUUGCUAUCAUGAUAUGUGUGCAUGAGUACCCUCUGUCCAUCGUUGAUCAUGCUGGUUUCAGAUCUUUUUGUGCAUCUUUACAACCUAUGUUCAAGAUGGUCAGUAGAAAUACAAUUAAGAAUGAUAUAAUUGGUCUCCAUCAAACACAAAAGAACGCCAUGAUCCAGUAUUUUGCAAAAUUCAACCAUCGAGUGGCUGUGACUAGUGACUUGUGGACUGUUGGAUAUCAAAAGAAAGGCUAUAUGGUUGUUACUGCACAUUUCAUUGAUGAAGAUUGGGAAUUAAAGAGUUUUCUCUUAAGGUUCAUGUAUGUGCCAUGCCCUCAUAACUCUGAAGUUAUAUGCGAAGCACUACAUCAAGUCCUCGUCGAGUGGCAUCUUGAGAGGAAGAUAUCUACAGUGACUCUUGACAAUUGUGCGGCAAAUGAUAAAGCUAUUUGGAAUAUGGAAGAUAAGUUGGAUUCUAACUCUCUUAUGUUGCAAGGCAAGCUAAUCCAUAUGCGUUGUUGUGCACAUAUAUUAAAUUUGAUUGUUCAAGAUGGAAUGAGUGUCUUAAAAGAAGGUAUAGAGAGGGUCCGUGAUAGUGUUGCUUAUUGGUCUGUCACACCAAAGAGGCAUGAAAGGUUUGAAAAGAUGGCACGCACUCUGAACAUUCCAUACACUAGAAAGAUUGGACUUGAUUGUAAAACACGAUGGAACUCAACUUAUCUCAUGCUUAGCACUGCAUUGCCAUAUCAAGAAAAUUUUUUAUCGUCUAAGUCGACAAGUUAAACAGUUUGAUUGUUGUCCAACAAUAGAAGACUGGAAUUUUGCGAAGGAGGUUUGUGAUAAGCUAAAGAUCUUUUAUGAUAUCACAGAGUUAUUGUCGGGCACUAAAUACGUGACAUCUAAUAUUUUCUUUCCAAAGAUAUGUUGUAUUCGUUUGGCAAUAAGGAAAUGGUUAGGUAGUAAUAAUGAAUUGAUGCAAAAGAUGUCCGAAGAAAUGAAGGAAAAGUUCGAUAAGUAUUGGCUUGAUGUGCAUGGUCUUAUGGCCAUGGCAACUAUUCUUGAUCCUAGUUAUAAAACUCACAUGCUGCAGGCUUUAUUUGGAUCUCUUUAUGGAUAUGAACAUGCAGCCAAUAAAGUUGAUGAGAUAAAAAAACUUAUGGUUGAAUUGUUGCUUGAAUACAAAGAAUCCGACGAGCCUGCUGCUUCUGUCCAAGUUGCUGUCCAAGCUGACAAAGAUCAGGACGAUGAAGCGGGCAUAUUACUUGAUCAAUAUAUGAUGCAUCAGCCCAUUGUUUCUUCUCAGCUACGCACAGAAUUGGACUUGUACUUAGAGGAGCCUGCUCUCCCUAGAACACAAGAGGUUGACAUCAUUACUUGGUGGAAGGUUGGAGGUAUGAAGUAUCCCACCUUGCAAAGGAUUGCUCGUGAUAUAUUACCCAUUCCAGUCACAAUCGUGGCAUCCGAAUCUGCAUUUAGUACCAGUGGCAGAAUACUUAGUGCACAUCGAAGUCGCCUUGCACCCAAAACCGCUGAAGCUCUUAUGUGCAUGCAAGCAUGGAGUCGUGCUAAUAUGUUUGAUAAUGUCACAUCCGACCACUUUGCGGUUCAAUCUGUUCUUGAAGAUGAACAAGAAGCUAUGGAGGAAUGUGAAUCUGAAGUCACCAUUGAAGACUAAAAUGAGCAAGUGGCGUGCAGGAGGGACGUGCUAUUAGCAUUGAAGCAUGGGCGCACAUUGUUGUUAUUCAUGCCAUGUUGUUUGGCUCAUUGGCUGAUUGUUCUUAGCAUUGCAAGUUUGCAAAUUAUUAUUUUUCUCAAUGUUAGUUUGUAAUGGAGAAUAAGACAUUUAAUUAUGUGUCAAUUGUCAUUGUGAACUUUUAUGUAAGUGCAAACCUGAUUCUGAUGAAUGAGUACCUGAAUUUAGACCUUUUUCUCA